AUGACAAGCAGCGACCUUCCCGGCCAUGUUGUCGACCAGAAUAGCAGCCACAGCAGAAGCGACGACCAUGGCAGCAGCAGCCGGCAGAUCCUGUUGGUGGAUGCGCAACAACCACAGUAUAUUCCUGAUGACCAUCAUCCUCCAAUACAACAACAAUCGCUGGAUCAAGUAGUACCAGUAGUAAUUCCACCACCCUUUCAAGAACGACCGAGAAGACAUUCGACAUGUCCAGGCGAUGAUCCACUGUUGGGUCGUCUGCGACCGCCUCGACGACCAACCGUCAUUCCGACUCCCACAGACUCGAGUACCCGGACGGAAAGCAGCAGCUGCUUGACUACAAAUACUAACAACAACAACAACAACAACAACAACAAUAGCAGCCACCAUCGUCGUCUGAGCAAAGUGAGUCUAAACAGUACAAACGCCUCAACAACACAACAACAACAACAACAACGCACCGCAGCCAAAAAACGACGGAGUUCUUUGGAAUUGCGCAAAUUGCCAGUCCCAUCGGUCCUCUUUUCGAACAAUCAUCAUAAUAAUCCAUCCGAGUGCACCGAAUUGCACGAAGACGAUUCCGUGGUCGUCGUCUCGGCCCAUGUACACCCCAUUCAUCAUCAUCGAAACAACAACAAUCACAACAACAAGGACCGUCCGUCCCACGCCACAACGACCCGUAGCAGUGGUGUCUCGGCGGAGCAGCACACUACUCCGGGAGACGACGCGUCACAAAGGUGGUGUUGCAACUUUUCCGCCUUUUUACGACGAACCUGUCUCAAUUCCAAUUUCAACUUGCGAACGCAAAUGAUGCUCUCCUUUGGAGUGGUCAGUGCCUGUUCCAUUCUACUGGUCGUACUCGUCUGCAUUGUCGUCUCGGUCAUGUGUGGAGCACAAGUACAACAAAUCACACAACAGUCCUUUUCGGAUUUGAUACGAUCCAAAGAGGGAACCACAGCGCGGUAUCUCGCCGAAGGCUUGACGUUGCGACUCUUGCCGUUGGAUCUCGUGCAGGUCCUCUACGAGGCCACCAGAGAUCGAUUUGCCGGGUAUCCCACGUACGAGGAUGACUCAAAGGUGCCCUUUUUCGAUAUGAUAUCCCAGACGGGUCGAUAUCCCAUUCGAGGACCCCCUUUGCCAUUGGAUUGGCAUAUUACUACAACCGGUGGUAAUGUCAAUGCCACCACGGCGCAGGAACACGUCCAGUCACGAUACCAGUGGUAUCAACAAGAUGCACCACUUAGUACGGAAAAUGCCGUCUUUUUCAUGCAGGGAGCCUGCCAUCCCAAUGCCACACUCGGCGAUUCCACCUAUUGGCAAGACUGUUCCGAUGCCAACAAUGACGUGUCGACGGGAGGCAAACUGACGCCGACCACCACUGCACAACAAAUAUACACCAAAUCGGCCGAUCUGGCACCGUUACUCAAAUCACUGUACGAAUUCUAUUUGGAUGUCAAGGAGAUUGGUAUUUACUUUUUCAAUUCGGGCGCAGGGGCGGUCAUGGUCUUUCCCCAUUACGCCCUCAACACAUCCACGUCCUAUCAAUCCAUUGGAUGCGAUUGGUUACUGGCACCACAUCCUUACGACAGGUCACGGCGCAUUGGAUCGCUGCAAGAUCAUGUCCGAUGCGAAUCGAGCGGCGUCCAUGUCGAUGGCACUGUGGUAUCGACACGACUCUAUUCGCCCAUGGAUCGCGCGUGGUGUCGCAAUCAAGCCAUGCGUCCGGACGAUAUCAUCUCCUACGGCCCCUACCAAUCGGCAUGGCACGAACGAGAUUGGCUCAUGUCGAUUGGACGGCCCGUAUACGAUCGUGUCACGAAAGAAUUCAUUGGAUGCAUUAGUAUUGAUUAUGGAUUGGAUGCCGUCGAACAGGCCGUCAAUGAAGGCAAGGUGACGGGAAAUAGUCAAGUGACGUUGGUCCGAUUUGAUGAGGACGGGACCGUGGUGGCAUCGUCGGCAUGGAACAGUACGGCAUCGUCUCAUACCGUCCAUGUCGACGAAUUGAACGUGGGCGUGUCAAAAGAGUCCUUUGCACGGCUCAAGGAAUUGGUGGAUUAUGACGGCAGCAGCAGUAGCCAGUGGAAUUCGUACGACGUGCGGCAAGAAUACGAAAAUUUUCAUGUCGAAGCCGAUGGGUAUCUGGUGUCCGCUUAUCCCAUUCCCCAUCCACCCGAAGAGUACGAUCCAUCCUAUCGUCCAGAGUUUUUUGCCAUUAGUUCUCUCUCCAAAAGUGACAUUGCCUGGGAAGUGGAAGAUGUCAGUGAAUCCGUCUCGGAAACGGUCUCGGGGCUAGUGUCGUUGAGCUUGAUUGUCGGGCUGGCAGGACUGGCUGCCGUGGUGCUCUUUAUCUUUGUAGUCUCCCACGCCAUUACGUUGCCACUCAAGUACAUGAACGAUGUCUCGUCCGACAUUGUCAAUACGUUUGGGGGUCACAAAGAAGAUGGGAUUGAAAUGUCACACACUACAUUGGAUUCCAAGUGCACACCCAAGACGGAGCUCAAUGAUGUUGUGAAGCAGUUUCAAAAAAUUGUGGCACGGUUUAGUGGGUCUGCCAUGGCACGGACAAUGCAAGUGCAUGUCAACGAAAUUGACAACCAAUUAUCGUUGGAAGGCAACUAUGCUGAUUUGUACCUGGGACGUGACAGCGCAGACUUUCGAUACACGUUCAAGAGCAGGAACAGAUCGCUGUCCAAGACGAUGGAAGAGGAGAAGUUGUCCAAAAAGACGGCAGAGGACAAGUUCUCCAAAAAGAUGGAGGAAUACAAGGAGAAGGACCAGCCAGAUGAUGAUUCUCCCGAGAAGGUGUUGCAACGGAUCCACUUUGGAUCUGUCAUCAACGACGGAAACAAGUCCGAGGCAACAACCUUUCGAACCGCCGAUGGAAAAUGGGGAAAUGGGAAUAGUCUGACAUCACCCCUGUUCUUUUGGAUUGUGGCGUUGAUCGUCCUGCCACUCCUAAUUACAACAGUGUCGCUGUCAACCUUUGUGACUUACAGCAUCUCCCAAGGGCUGUUUGGCAUUAUUCAGGAAACGCAAUAUGCACACAUUGAAAUUAAUGAUUAUGCGCUGUUGGUUCAAGCCGAAUCGAGGGCA